UACUUCGCGUUAUCAGAUUUAUUCAACGCUUUUUGCCGUGCAACCAUCAAUCUGAAAAUUUAAGUUUGUCGACAGUAAUUUUGUAAAAUUUAUUAUAGUAAAUAUUUUGUCGAAACAUACGGCAAUCAUGUGACAAUAUUGACUGUUCUACAACAGGACAGGUAGUGAAGUGACGCCAUCUUGAAUGUUGGUGAACGUACAGCUCUGGCUUGGUGUCACUAGUUGUUAAGAUUUGUGCUGAGUGUGUUUCCUGAGGCUUUAAGUUAGUUUUAGUGUAAAAAUCUGUCCCAUUUUUAUCAUUAUGUGAUAUACUAUACUCGUAUUGAUUUUAGGCCCAUUGUAGUACUUAAAUUCUGCCGGAAUCUUAAUAUUUUUGAGAAGGAAGUGAAUGAACCAACACAGCAGUGCUUGUGCGGGACGAGGAACAAUACCCUUCGUUGGUUGGGGCUAAACUGCUAUCAUCAGCCGCGUUUGCAGUGUUUUCUAUGUUCGCGAGCCGCGUAACGGGCGUUCGAUGGAUAAAUUUCUCGGUAAAACUCAUGCGGUGUGAGCAGUAGUGCUUUCAACCAACCAUGGCCAAAAUAUUGAACAAAGACCCCGCCUUGUAUCAGAAGGAACGGGAUACUUUUAUAAAAGAACUGCAACAUUUUCAUGAAACUCGGGGAACACCCUCUAGAAAAACUCCAAAGAUCAAUGGACAAGAGAUUGAUCUUUUCCUUCUGUACAACCUCGUUACAACCAGGGGAGGCUGGCUGAAGGUGAACAGUCGCAACGAGUGGGAUGCUGUACUGGACAACUUCAACGUACCCAAGAACUGCGUCAACAGUUCCGUCGCCCUCAAACAGAUAUACCUCAGAUACCUGGAUAGGUACGAGAAGGUUCACUAUUUGGGUGAAGUUGGAGAGAGGGCCAAUGAUGAUGAUGAAGACAAUCGCCAUCGACGCUGGUCAGCCAGGGCUCUUCACUCAGUUCCUCUCACUUACAACUACAGUCAGCACAAUGUCAAUGAAAACACUCGUUCGUACAACUGCUUGUCUACGGAGUUGUACAAGGCCUCAGAGUACGACAGACUCGCUCUGUCUCUCACCUCUCCACUGCCCAAUGAACAAGACUUUGCCAUCAACGUCUGCACCUUGCUGAGCAACGAAGGCAAACACCAGCUGAGAGUGGACAAACACCCUCGGCUGGUCACCUACUUGUGUGCCCACGCUGCUGUCUACAAUCACGGUUCAACCCGGGAGUUGUUUUUGGAAUCAUACAGCCGAGUGAGAGGACAUUCCACAACACACUUCUGGCCUGACGUGUUGGCCAACCUGGACCUGCGGCCGUUGAUGGAUGAGUCUCGCUUUGUGCGGCAGCCAGCGUCUGGCGAGAGUAGUGAGGAGAGCGAGACUCCAGCUGGCGAGAUGGAGGUGGCGGGUGACGGAGGUGUGGUGGAGUGCGGUAGUGGGGAGAGGGCCGGACUCAAACUGGAGCCCGAGGAUCUAGAACUGUUUUGUCUGGGCCGCACUCUCGGCACUCAGGACUACUACGGCCAGCGAGUGCUACAAGUGGCUCACAUCCUACGCAAUCUCACCUUCGUGGAGGACAACAUCCCCGUCCUGGCACAACACUCGACGUUCCUCAGAUUCGUUCUGCUGUGCUGCGGCGCCCACUGGAACAAUCUGCAGCAGAUGGGCUUCGACAUGCUCACCAACAUAGCCAGUGAAGUGGUGCUCCGAGAACCUUACAUGAAUUAUAUUUUCAAUGUGCUUAACAAGGGACUCGAGUCACAAGAUAGGUUUGUGGUGUUAUCGUGUAUCGAGACUUUAAAUAAAUUAGGACAAAAUGAGAAGAAUGAGGAAGUGUUACUCAAGUGUUUAGAAGAUAAGGUUUACGAGAGGAUAUGUUCGUUCCUGAGCCUACAUGACAUUAUGCUGCUAGUCCACACCCUGGAAUGUCUGUACUCGCUCAGUUCCUUGGGAGAACGUUCCUGCAACUCUAUUGUCAGGGUACACGGUGCUCUCGACACACUAGUAUCACUCAUCACCGUUGAGGCCCAGAGCUACGGUCCCAAGGCUUGUAUCCUGAUGCGUGUGGUGGAGACAGUGAGUGGAGGACCUGUAGGGCCUCAGACAGUGACUGCCCCUGCUCAGCUGGUGCCUGUCCCUCCUACACCUCUGGCACACAGUCACUCCACACUAGCCUUGCCUCUACCACCCACCCCUGCCGUGGCUAGACCUGUCUCCACCACUGUCACACCAGUAGUCGCCACCACGCCUCACAGAGUGAUGGUGGCUCAGCAGCCCACGGCUCAGGUGGCUCAGGAGAACGAGCAGUUCGCACUGGCCUGGCUACGAGCCACUCUGGAGCCCAGCGGUGGAGCCAAGCUCGAGCAGGGUGAACUGUACAAGCAGUACAUCAACUCCUGUGCAAAGAUCGGCCGUCGCGGUGUCAUAGCUCCCCUGCACUUCCCUAGAUGUGUCAGGUCUGUGUUUGGAGGCAGUGUGGGGCCCAAGCCAGGGCCUGCAGGGGACUCACUGCAGUAUUAUGAAGGCAUUCAGGUGCGAGGACGACCAGCCCCAACCCCAACCCCUCCCCCACCCCCCGCCUCUCCCAUCCUUAAGGCUCAACUGAGCGCUCCCACCCCUAACAAGAAAGAGACCAAGCCAAGUGAGGCGACGUCACACCCCCACCUGUCUCAGGCGCUGCUAGACAGUGGUGGGGGGGAGGGGACGGGAGGGCCCUCCUCUCUCAUCAAGAGUCUGUUGGCCAACAAGGUAGCGACAACUCAGGCCACGGAACAGGUGAAUCAGAGGCAGCAACAACAAAGGUUACUACAGGCUGCUGCUGGACAAGUGACGACCACAACUGUGGUGACAACUGUGGUAUCUACCGCAACCCCUACCACCACAAAUGCCACCACGGUCAACAAGAUCAUCAAACUACAACCACCCGUGCGACCCAACGGCAUCCGCAACUCCUUCCAGGCCAUAGAGAUCACCAUCGACGGGAAGGUAGUGAGUGACAACUCAGAGAGCAAUGAUAGCACCAGUACGGGUCCUCCACCCCCACCUCUAGCCCCUCUCAGUGGUGCCAACCUACGCAAGCCUAACAACAACGUCAAGAUGGAGCUGGACGACUCUAACUCUACAGGCAACAACUCCAUCACCUCCUUCAAAGACACCUGCAGUGCCACUGGUGGAGAAGAGGGUGAAAACUCAUUAACCAGCUUUGAAGGAAUUUUAUUCAACGGUGUACCUAAUUCAUUAGACGUUGACGACACAACAAGCAAGGAUUCCACUCCAAAAAGUUUAAUGUUGGCAGAUUUACUAGAGAAGAAUGUAAAAGCGGAAAAAGAACCUCCGAUGUUAAAUGGUGCUUUAAGGUUAGGGGAGAAGGGGUUAGAACUAAUACCAGAGAAGGAGAAGUCCCUGAAGAGGCCGUCGUCGCAAGAGAACGGCUGUGACACGGAGGCUAAGAGACCUCACAUCAACGGUGAUGCUUUCCCUGAGGAGAAGAAAGAGGAGGAGGAAGGCGAGGUGAAGGCAUCGUCGACAGCAGCCAACUUGUAUGCGUCGUUGGCAGCGGAGUGUGUGGACGAUGACGGAGACGAGGUAGUGGAGGAGACAACCCCUACGCAACCCCUCAUUGUCACUGCAGCCCCCGCGCCACGACAGAUACUGGUUACUGCUGUCAACCGCAUGGGCCAACACUACGUUGUGGCUCAGCCCCAGACUGCUCUGGUCCAGGGCCAGACACAGACAGUUCUGGUGGCUCAGACUGCCCAACAACAAGGCACAGGCGCCAAGACAAUAAUCAUCCUGCAGCCUCAGUCAGUGUCUUCGACCAAUUCCGCGCCCCCUCCCCCCACACCUACUCCGCCACCUAUACCUCCGCCUGCCCCUCAGAAAGUCAUAGUACAGAGGUUACAAAGCCCCCCGCCUGCGCCUACACCUACCCCUCCUCUUAACACUAAUCCUACACCUCCUCCCUCGCCCAAACCUGCCUCUGCUACCCCCACUCCUGUACGGUCUGACACACAGCAGGGCCACUUCUUGUGUGAGUGGAGAGGGUGUAUGAGGAACUUCAAGUCUGCCAAUGAGGUGUACAUGCAUGCGUGUGAGGCUCAUUGUCCCAGCGGCAGUGUAGAGAUACAGUGUCUAUGGGAACGGUGUGACGCAAUGAAGAGGAAACGCUUCUCACUCAUGACACACCUCUACGACAGGCAUUGCAAUGCCGACGUACUACGGAUGAUGGCAGUCCGGAGAAAGCAGCUGUCUGUGAGUGGACGCAGCGAGAUUCCCCCACCUACUCCUCCCACCCCCCACCCUGGCUAUGCUCCUAACGCUGCCUUCCAUGCAAUAAAGAGGCACGCACUCGAGUUUGUAAAUCCCAAAGAAAUGCAGUCGAGGGCUGCCAAGCCGGGCCCCUGCCCCUCCCCCGUGCCCACAGAACAGGACGACAAUGAGGGUCCAGUCACAAAAAGUAUCCGUCUUACUUCCGCCCUUAUCCUGCGAAACCUAGUCAUUUAUUCCACCAACGGUAGAAGGUACCUGACAAGCUACGAGCCCCACCUGGCUAGUGUAGCGCUCAGCAACGUCGAGUCUUCGCGUACCAUCGCACAAGUACUCUUUGACCUCAGUCAGCCUGCGGCGAGGUGACCCCAGGCCUCCUAACUUCAGUGCAAUUAUUAAUGUAACUCGUGUAUAUAUUGUAAAUACUCGACUUUUAUAUAUAAAUGUUGUCGACACUGUCCUAUAUUGUUUUUCACUCGUCGAUCUGUGUAUGAAUUAGGCGUCCUGUAGAUAAGUACUGGGCCAUCGUUGUGAAUGAUCAAGCAGUAUUAGAGUGGAAAUAAACAUUGCCACGGAUCGUAGACUAGUAAAUAUAUUAUAUUGUUUCCAAACAGAUGCUUAUUGUCUUUUUAUAAAUAUAUAUAUAUAAAUAUAUAAAUAAAUUAUUUAUUGCGCGAGUUUGUGUGUACGACUAAACUGUCUAUUGUUUAUAUCGAAACGACUAUUUUCGAGGUUAUCGACUUUUGUACAGAUUUAGUUAAAUUCUUUUGUGUUACUGUGGCUUCGUAAUCUGAUUUUAACGAUGGCCAUAGAUUAUUUAUAGUUUAAUGUACAUUGAUCUUUUAAAUAUUGGUUAAAACCAAAAAUUUUGUAUUUUUUGUACGAUAAUUUAUAUAGAAAUCAAUUGUAAAAUAUUACUAGCUAGUGUGAAUCUCAUAUCGCUAACACUGGUUAUGUCUCUGUUGUACUGCAAUUAU